GCUCUCCAACUGCAGAGUGUGGUCAUGACGAAGAAAUAAGAACAGAGCAGAAACGAAGAAAAGGAAAACAACGACAUGUAUUUACUAAGGAAGAACUGAUCAUACUUAACAACAAAUUUUCAGAGGACCCUUACCCUGAUUUUACAACCAGAAGAGAACUGUCCAGCCUAGUCCAUUGUUCUCUGAGUGUAAUUGCUAACUGGUUCCAGAAUAAGAGAGUUCGACUACCACCUAAAGAGAGACAGAGAAUCUUUGCGGCUAAGAAGGGAAAAGCGUUCCCUGUCCAAGAUCACUCACCUUUAAGCCUUCAGGAUACCAACACUGAAGCUCCCAAGGAUAUCCCUGAGCAGAGCUUCUCUCAUGCACAGGGGACUCUGCUGGUUAGAGCUGGCUGCUCAUCUCUGGGCACACAUGGGGUUCCCCGUCAACAGGUUGGCUCAGGUGACUCUGGGUUUCCAAACAUUCAAAAGGAACCAGGCUAUGAUUUGGAGUAUCGAGGUAACACAGCAAGUGGACUCUUCCCUGGCUCUGUGCUUCCCAGCUACACCUCAGCAAUCGGCCUUUAUUCUCCUGUAUCUUCUGUGGAGCACUUUGACAGGGACAGGACUGAGAGAGGGCAAAGCCAGUAUGCAAGCCCCUACCUUCAGCACCAUGUUUAUAGUGUGCAUGGAGUGAAGCAGCAGCAGGAGGAGCAGAAGAAUAGUCCUCACUCACCAUUGCAAGGACAGCAGCAGAAUG